AUGAAAUUGAAAAGUCCUUCAACAAGUUACAUCUCUACUGAUCCAGUAGUAAUAGAGACAUUGAAAAGAGCACAAGAAUUACAUUUGGACAUGAAUUCAAAAAAACAUACUAGUCAUUCAAAUAAAUUAUCCUUUUUUAUACAUAAACAUUCUAGUAAUAAACCAUCAUCAACAAGAAAAUAUUCUUUGUCAAUACCAUCAAAGUUGAGUGAUACAACGGGUCAAAAUAUUUCAAAAAAUUUGGAUACAUCACAAAAUCACCAACAAAUUGAAGCUGGUUUGUCGUCUCCCACAGAAGGUUGUUACUGAUGGUAUCCGGACAAUGGAUGUUGAGUAUCUUGCGUAGACAACUAUUUAUAAAUACUUGUACCUUCUGGAUGAUGGUUGUAGUAGUUCUCUACGUUUCAGCUCCGUAUAGUAGGACUGUCUUGACGUUGGUAUUGAAGAUUGUGACUUUGAUAUUGGUUGAGUUGUUUUGAGUUCCAUAUGUUCUU